AUGUUAAACAACACAGACUCCGAUCAUGACUUACCAAGUACGGCAGAUAGAAAUGUGAAACUUGGCUUUAACAUUGCUUAUCUUGUCUUAGGGGUUGGAGGUAACAGUUUGGUAAUUGCAGUGAUGUCAAGCAACAAACACAAAAGAUCAAUUCCCAGACUUUUCGUUCUGAAUCUUGCUGUCUCCGAUAUAACCUUCAUUGCAGCUACUCUGCCAAUUAAUAUCUACAGUCACUUCAAAGCGAUUCGGCAAAACUUGUACUACUGCCGACUUUUAAUACCUCUGUCGACAGGCUUUUAUUUCUUGAGCAUCUUCACCAUCGCUUCCAUGGCAAUAUAUCGCUGUUGGUUGAUCACUAAACCCUUUAGACCCAAGAUGAGGAUGCGAAGUGCUUACAUUUGGAUCACCAUUAUCUGGUUUUCAUCCUCAAUAAUAGUCCUUCCUUUAUCGGUCGUCUCUAAAACUAACAACGGGAUCUGCUACGAGAAUUGGCCGUCCAUAAAUCACCGAAAAGCGUACACCAUUUCUCUCUUCAUGUUACAGUUCGUGAUACCUUUGUUAAUCAUUGGUGUGGCGUACGUUAGGAUUGGUAUCUAUCUCUGGCGAUCAACUGUUCCUCAAAGCUCCUUACCCGCACAUAAGAGAAGAAGAGAAAACAUCCAAGUUAUCAAAACACUCGCUAUAAUUGUGAUCCUGUUUGCGAUUUGUUUGCUUCCUGGACAAAUCGCUUGGCUUUUGCUUGAUUUUGGAGGUAAACAGGAAUUACAGAUCGCAACAGUGAUCUUUAAAUUCGCAGAAAUUCUUGACCCACUUCACGCUUGUAUAAACCCCAUAAUUUAUGGACUGUCAAAUGAACAGUUCCGAAAAGAGUGCAUGGAACUCUUUGUUGAUUGCUUUACAUGUGACUUCAAGCAGCUAAAACCUCAGCGUCCAAGGCAAGUUUCCACAAUUGAAGCUUCACUAUAA